AUGAAGGUGAUUACCAUCCGUUGGAAGACUUGCUUGCCAGGUCUUUUAGUUAUUACCUAUAUAUUAAGUGCCCUGCUGUUCUUUGGCAUGGAUAUAAACCACAUCGAGCCGUUGGAACCCAAAAAUCGGAAAAAUCACACAAAAGAAUUGAGAAAGACAACAGAAUCCGACCAGAGAUAUCAGGGAAGAGGUCCAGAGGUGCAGCCCCGAUUUCGCUUUAGCGGCGGUAGGAGCGGAGUUAAGUUCGUGAUUGGAGUGCCAACUGUACUGCGACCCAGGCGAAACUAUGUGCUCCAAACGGUCAACUUCCUGAUCCGACGGAUGACCCCGGAGCAGCGCGACAGCAGCCUGAUUGUGAUCUAUGUGGGUGAAACCAGGCUGCAGUUUGCCAAGUUCAUAGUGAAGGAAUUGAGCGCGAAUCACUCGAGGCAUAUGCGAGCGGGUCUCAUCGAUGUGAUUGCUCCGCCAUUGAAUUACUACCCGAACUUCUCCAGGCUGCACAUCACCCUGCACGACGAUCCGCAGAGGGUUCGUUGGAGAACCAAGCAGAACCUGGACUACAUAUACCUUAUGUCCUAUGCCAGGACGAAGGGCUCGUACUACCUGCAACUGGAGGACGAUGUGUUGGCGAACGAGGGAUUCAUGGACUACAUCCACAAGUUUGCCCUGCUGCACGGCAACUUUCGGUUUGCCCACCAGCCCGACUGGAUUGUGAUGAGCUUCAGCGACCUGGGCUUCAUCGGCAAGCUCUUUCCCGCCGCCGUUCUGGAAUCCUUUGUGACCUACCUGCAGUUGUUCCACAAUGACCAACCCAUUGACUGGCUGCUCCAGAGUUUUGUGACCCUGCAGAGCUGCCGCUGGGAUAGCAUCGCUCAUCCGGAUUGUCAGAGGGACUUUGAGGCCCGCUUACUUCGCGCUGCCCAAUCGCAGUUCCAGCACAUGGGCGCCAUGUCCUCGCUGGCAGAGAAGAGGCAGAACCGCAAGGAUGGCCUAUUCAACCAGAAUCUGGGCAGGCAGCGCAUGCUUCACCUGCGCCAGCCCCUCAAUCUGAUCGCCUCGCACCGGAACUCGCUCCUAAAGCAGAAUCCCAAGCUGCAAGCGGGCGAAACCUUCAUUUGGAUCUAUAUGCCGCAGAUGCCCAAGAUGAUAAGGUAUCUGAUCAAGAACCAGUACAAGAAGACGCAGAUCCGCAUACGUAAUGCCAAGGAGACGGAGGAAAAUCUGGCCGAGUUCAAUGUGGAGCUGGUGAAGGGGUCGCCCACCUUGUUGGUCAACAGCUCGUCCACCGAACAAUGUGGAUUCGUGAUGAGCCACACUGUGCUGCGGGUCGACGAUAAGGAUGAGAAUGGCGACGAGAUGCCUUUAAAUUACAUGUACUACUACAUAAGGGAGGAGCCCGAAAGCCUGACUUGGUUUCGAAGAUUCCUUUGGGCAUCCAACGGAUCUUGUGGCCAAAUGUGGGGAAAGUUUAUAAUGCUGGCAGUGAUAAUUCUAGAUGCUUUAGUUUCUUGAAUUGGGAACCUUUAAGGGAACUAUUUUAUGUACAAUUAAAUCAUAGAAAAGAGAAAUACUAUAAUGUAACCUAUCAAACUAUAAAAUCAAAGAUGUAUUCUUAAUUUCCAUUUCAA